GCUCGCAACUCGAUCGCGGGGCGAAUCGCUCGCGGACUUUUGCCACACUCGCGACAACCCGACGUGUGGUGCGCUUCAAAAGCAAAUAUGGCAGGCAGAGGUGGACAUGAUAAUAAUAGAUAUGGUGGUGAGCGGGCUCGCAGACCGCUGCCGACGGAGCCGCCGUACAUCGCGUACGUCGGCAACCUGCCCCAGGGCGUCGUCCAGGGCGACCUCAACAGGAUAUUCAAGGACUUUACGGUGAAAAACAUUCGCCUGGUCAAGGACAAGGAAACGGAUGUCUUCAAGGGCUUCUGCUACGUCGAGUUCAGCACGCUGGACGAGCUGAAGGAGGCGCUCGACCUGGACGGGCUGAUUGUGCUGAACGACAGCACGGCCGCCCUCCGGAUCGACAUCGCCGAGCAGAAGAAGAACGAUCGCGGUGGCUUCACCAAGCGGGGAGGUCCUCAGGGUGGAGGUGGAGGUGGCAUGCCGAACCGUGGUGGCGGCGGUGGCUUCAACAAUAAGGGAGGCCCCGGCGCUGGAGGUGGACAGAACAAUAGACAGGGUGGCGACAGAGGCUACGGUAACGACAAUUACGGAAGAGACGACUUCGAUAGGAACCGCGGACGUGCUAAUAAUUUUAAUGACCGUGGACCAAACCGCGGCAGAUACGGCAACUUCAACGAGGAAGGACGCGAAGGGGGUGGUCGGGAUGACUGGAGCCGUGAUGGUCCCGGCGGAAACGACAGAGGGGACAAUUAUAGCCGCGACGGAGGAGAUCGCUACAGUCGAUUCGGAGGCGGAGGCGGUGGAGGUGGUGCUGGCGCCGGACGUAGAGAUAAUCGUGACAACGAUAGAAGAAAAGAUCAACCGCAGCAUUCGGCGGCGCCGGGGCUUAGUCUGGCGGAACGGGACGCCGGUAGACCCAGGUUGAACUUGAAGCCACGUACCGUGGCCGCUCCGUUGAAUGCGCUGGCAGAAACUAAGCAAGCGGCUGCCAUUUUCGGCGCUGCCAAGCCACGCGAGGAAAAAGUGGGUCCCGACGGGGCAGACCCGGAAGUUUCUGCACGUAAAACGUCGACUUCCUCGUCGGGCGCCGGCGACGAUAAGAACGGGCCGAACUAAAGCUUUUUUCUUCUUCUUUAGUUUACGAUAACGUUAACGUUCAACUCCUUUUUAUUAUUUCUUUUGUCAAACGAGAGCGAAAGUAAACAGUUUUUACUAUAAAAAGCAAGAAAAUAGGAAAGAAAAAAAACAACCAGCAAGAUUGUAAUGUGAAGCUUACGUACCCAUACAUGAAAAUACAUGCAUAAACAAACACACACAUAAAGAAAGAAAAUGAAACGAUGCAACCUAACGUAAACAAAGUAUGUGUUUAAUUUAUAUUUUGAGUUUUACGCUUUUUUUCUACGAUUUAAUACUAAUAUUAAAGAAAAUUAAAAAAUGCAAAAAGAAGGAAUGAAAUACAAAAUACUAUGUAAUUAUAAUGCAAAUAAUUAUGGAAAAGCAGUAAAAAUAUAUUAAUUACUAUAGCACAUUGAUAUAUUUCAAACCCUAAAAAGAUUACUGAUUAAAAAUGAGAAGAAAGCUGAAACUGAAAACUUACUCUAAGGACAAAGAAAAACUAAAGUAACAAGAAAUACCUUUUGAGCUAGUAAAUCACACACACAUUAAAUAAUAACAGACGAGUCGAGAUCUUUGCUUUGCAUUCUAUGUUUUCCUAAGCUCUCAAGUUUGCGUUGGCCGUCUUCUGUUUUAUCAAGAUAAUUGAGGAAUGCAGUGCUUUUAAUUAAGAGAAUACGUGAGAGUUAAUAAUUAAUUAAAUCAAUGGCGUACGAACCGGGCGUUUUGUAGAAAACCUUCCGCGUUCCUAGAAUUUCCACGCAAAUAAGCAUAAUUUUACACAAACACACCAAUAAACACACUCACGCGCUGACGCUGAUAGCUUAACGCAGUAGAAAGUGACUUUAUUUUCGGUUUUAUUCUGCGGACACCAACCGCCGUGGGGCGGAUUGUGAGUUUUCCACAACGUUUUUUUUUUAAAUACUUUUUCUUACGUUUGAUUUCAUUUGCCGCAGGGAAAAACACCCGACCUCACACACAAACACACACACACACACACACACACACACACAAACACACACACUCCUUAUUGUCUUGCAUGUGUGCGCGAUUCGUUUUUUGAUCGGUUGAACCACGUUUUUUUUUCUUUUGCUUUCGGGAGAACUAAAUUUAAAGGCAGACAUGUAAAAAAUAGUAAGGCAUAUUAUACACUCUUAUGUUUAAGUGUUGUUGAAAUAAUUACGAGAUGAAUGAAAAAGCUGAAAAUGGAUGAAUAAAAUGAUGAUACAACUGAUACUUGGAAAAUAAAAA